UUACAUAACCUCUCUUUUCCUUCUUUUAGGUUAGCAUGAUGAAAUAUGCUAGCAAAUAUCAUUAAUUACAAAUCACUUACAUUGCUAAUGUCGUAACAAACGUCUCACAUCUACAAGAACACCACUAAUACAAAUUUGCCACCUGCCGCUGUUUCAUUUAGUCACAAAGCUUGCAAUAUGGGUGAACUCAUUGAACGAAUCUUAAAUCACUUAUCCGAAAAUGCACAGGCUAGCACCCUGAAGCUGGCUAACAUUUUCACCGAAGACCAUCAAAAAAUCAUUGGAGCUUUGAAAAGUAUACAAGCGAACGGUGAGUUAGUAUCUGCAGAACCUCAAAGUCAGAAGAAUUACGAAUUGACCGAGGAAGGCUUGGCUGUUGCUGCUAAAGGUAGUCACGAGGCAUUGAUUUAUAAUGCAGUUCCUGAGAAUGGGAUUGAACAAUCCGAGCUUAUGAAAAUACCCAACGCAAAGGUUGGGUUUAGUAAAGCAAUGUCAGCCGGCUGGAUUCUGGUAGACAAAAGUGGCCCUAAGCCAUUGGUAAAGAGGAAAGUUAGCGAAAUUGUAGACACCGUCCAGAAUCACUUGAGGUCAAUCGCUGAUGGUGAUUUUUCAGUAUUAACAGACGCCUUAAAGCAGGAAUAUAAGAAGCGGAAGUUACUUCAGGAGGUUGUGGUUAAAAGUUUCCUUUUACAAAAAGGUCCAGAGUUUAGCCUCUCUUUAAAAAAGCUCGAGACUGAUCUAACAACUGAAAUGUUAGCGACAGGCAGUUGGAAAGAUUUAAAGUUCAAAGAUUAUAACUUGGAUGCAUUAGGUGCACCUUUAGAAUGUGGAUAUCUCCAUCCACUUUUAAAGGUACGUUCGGAAUUUCGGCAAAUUUUUUUGGAAAUGGGUUUCACCGAAAUGCCCACAAAUAACUUUGUUGAGAGCUCUUUCUGGAAUUUCGAUGCCCUGUUUCAACCUCAGCAGCACCCAGCACGUGAUGCUCACGACACCUUCUUUGUUUCCGACCCCAAAUCCACUGACAAUUUUCCUAUGGACUACCUGAACAGAGUCAAAAAGGUCCACAGUGUGGGUGGCUAUGGAUCUCAAGGUUAUGGAUAUGACUGGAAAAUUGAAGAAGCUUCCAAAAACCUCCUUCGUACCCACACUACAGCCGUCAGUGCUCGAAUGCUGUACAAAAUAGCUCAACAAAAGCAAUUUAAACCUGUCAAAUUCUUCAGUAUAGACCGUGUCUAUCGUAAUGAAACGCUAGAUGCCACACAUUUAGCUGAAUUUCACCAAGUUGAAGGUGUCAUUGCAGACUAUAAUUUAACCCUAGGCAAUUUGAUAGCUGUUUUAAGCGAAUUUUUUAGAAAAUUAGGCAUAACAGAGUUGGAAUUCAAGCCUGCUUACAACCCAUAUACUGAGCCUAGUAUGGAGAUAUUCUGUUUCCAUAAAGGUUUGGGGAAGUGGAUUGAAAUAGGAAAUUCAGGUGUGUUUCGCCCUGAGAUGUUACUUCCCAUGGGUUUGCCCGAGGAUGUUAGUGUCAUUGCUUGGGGCCUGUCUUUGGAAAGGCCGACCAUGAUUAAAUAUGGGUACAAUAACAUCAGGGAUUUGGUCGGGCCGAAGGUUGACUUGGAAAUGAUACAUACUACUCCUAUAUGUAGACUGGAUAAAUAAAUUGUGUUUGCAAUUGUUUUUUAUAUUAUUUUUUAAUACAAAAUAGCUAUUGGCAAGUUACUUGGAGUUGAUUUUUAUACAGUAGAUGGAGUAUAUGUAAUUGCAAAGUACAAUAAAGAAAUGUGUGAUUUUUG